UAUUUACGAUUUUCGAAACAUAACGACGUUGCAUUGAGUGCUUCUACGGCAGAAUAUAUUGCGAUAUUAGUUCAUUUUGCCAGUGCUAUGAGCACCUCACCGAGCGCAGCUCAUCACUCCGAAGAGAUCAAUAUUCAAUUGGAUCGCAGGAACAUUUUAUGCAGUAACUGUCAUAUCGAUAUAAAACAAAUAAAAUUAAUAUCCGAAUUUAAAUAUUCGUAGUUAAAUGUUUAUAAUAAAAAAUAUUUAUAAAAAUAAAAACUUAUAUUUUGUAUUUUCGAUAUUAAAAUGAGGCUUGUUAAAAUAUAUCGCUGUCUGAAGGCUGUGGUACUCUUUAGUUUAAUGGUGCUGACUCAGUUCUCCAUAUCUCUCGCACAGAUGCAACCAGGAUGUAUGGAACCUCAAUCGCCUGGUAUAUGCCGUGGUCGAAUAUUACGUUACGCCUUCGACACUUCAUCUGGCAAAUGCAUCCCUUUUUACUACACUGGAUGUGCCGCUACUGGCAACAAUUAUCUAACAUAUGAAGAGUGUCGAAGAGAGUGCAUGGAUAAGAUCUUUUAUUAAAUACCUUCGUCAUUACAAUAUUUGUGGUAGUAUCCGACUUUUCUGACAAGUUCUUAUCAAGACCUCUUGGCAAAACACAUUUUGUGUGGUUUUUAUUUAAUAAAAUGAUUUAUUUGCUUUAAAUUGAAA